AUGGAGAUGCUGCGUCAAAUUCAGUUGAAUAUUCCUUUGAUGGAUGCCUUGAGGGAGAUUCCCGGUUAUGCUAAGAUGAUGAAAGAUCUAAUGUCACGGAAGUUUGAUUUUCAGGAUCUAUCCAUUGCGUUGUGUGAUUUGGGAGCCAGCAUAAAUCUGAUGUCGCUAGUUGUGUACACCAAACUGGGCAUUGGUAGAGCUAGGCCAACUUUGAUGCUGCUACAGCUGGCUGACCGCACAGUGAAGAGGCCCACUAGUAUUCUUGAUGAUGUGUUGGUGCAAGUGGGGAAGUUCGUGUUCCCUGUAGACUUUGUUAUCUUGGAUUGUCAGGUGGAUAAAGAGAUACCCCUUAUUUUAGGGAGACCAUUUUUAGCCACUGGGAGAGCACUGAUCGACUGUGAAACUGGGGAAUUAAAAAUGAGAUUGAACGAUGAAGAAGUCAUAUUCAAUGUUCAACAAUCUAUGAGUAGACACAGUGACUAUGCUAAUUGCUCUCUAGUGGAAGCAGUGGAUGUAAUCCUGCAAGAAGAUGAUAUGACCUUAACUGUAAAAGAUCCAUUGGAGGCAUGUCUGAUGAAUUUAGAAGAAAUGAAUGGUGAAGGGUUAGCUGAAUGGGUCAUGGCACUGGAAGGCCGAGGAUUUUGGUCAAGGGAACCUUAG